AUGCCGGGCGGCGUAUGCGCGGUUCUCGACUAUGAGACCGAAAUGAUGGCUGAAUAUGUGGCCGAGAUGGCGAUGAGAAUCGUCAUGCCAAACUCUGCGGUCACUGGAGCUUUCAGGAAAUUUGUUUCCCAGAUUCUGACUUCUACGCGGCUGCCAAGCACGACCAUUCUCUUGGGCAUGAACUACCUCGCGAAGCGAAUCAACAUGCUCAAUGCCGUUGGCCCUUUCAAAGCUCAGGAGGGCCAGGUCUGGCGCAUGCUCACCGUCGCCUUGCUUCUUGGGAGCAAGUUCCUUGACGACAACACAUUCCAGAACAGGUCCUGGUCUGAAGUCAGUGGCAUUUCCGUUGCCGAGCUCAACUCCAUGGAAAACGAGUGGCUCCGACACAUCAACUGGGUGCUCUACGUCAACCUCGACCGUAGUGAAGACUACAAGGCCUGGCUGGAGAGCUGGAAGUCUUGGCAAGACGCCCGCAAGGCUCAGCAGCUUGCUCAGCAACAGCAGUCGCACCUUGCCGCCCGUGAAAGGCUGGCCCCCAUCCACACUGCCUCGCGCCGCGACACUGUUCGCCAGCACCACCCUCUGUCAUACGAAGGUUGGACCCCAGAGGAGAUCAGCGAGUACGAGCGCAAUAGAAUGGCUCGUUCGUCCAAGGUUGGCAUGUCGUACAGGCAGCGGGAGAACUCUUGGCACGGCCAGUACCAAAAUGGCUGGACUCAGGCACCUCUGACGCCUCCGGACUCGGGUUAUGGUACGCCCGAGUAUCUCAACUCUGCCGCCUCGGUCAAUGCCCGGUACAACGAGUGGUUCACCCAUGCUGUCAACACGGGCAACUACAACGCUAGCAGAGGCUUUCACUCCAGCACGUAUGGUGCUCGUAGCGCCAACGCUUCCCAGUAUCCGACAUACUUUGGUCACUACGGCCAGAGCCAUUGGGAUGCGCCUGUUGCGGAUUGCAACUGCUCUCAUUGUCUUCAAGCAUUCCAACCCAAGCAGCAGCCAUACUUCCACGGGCAUCACUAUGGGCAGACUGUCGUGGGCUAG